ACAGUUCGCGGCGGGAUACUGACGUCACUUCCGGAUACUUUUGGCACCCUUAGACUCAAAGAGUUAGAUUUCUCCUUCAAUUUAUUUGCGGAGAUUCCUAAACAAGUAAUCGAAGUCAGUACAUUGGAGAAGCUGAAUCUCUGCUACAACAGACUUACAAACCUACCUGGCGAUGUCCACAAGCUGCAGAAGUUGAAAACUAUGAUCUUGUAUGGAAACGAGAUCAAAGAGUUGCCGCCGUCUGCUCUUAAACUGUCCCGACUGGUCAUGCUAAACUUAGACCACAACCAACUCACCACUCUACCCGACGACAUCGGGAAACUAGAGAGCUUGGAGUACUUGCUCAUGUCGGGAAACAACAUGGACUUCUUACCCGAGGGGUUGUGUACUUUGAAGAGUCUGUUUCAUCUCAACAUCAGCGACAACAACGUGGAGGUGCUACCGGCCGACUUUGGCAAACUCCCGCGUUUAAAGAGCGCCAGGCAUCUUCAUACACAUGGUAACCCCCUAGUGCAACCUCCAAGACGCAUAUGUGAUGCGGGUAUGGUGGCCAUCAGGAGCUACCAGGAGCAACUCCAGCGGACAGAAGUCGUGCGCACGCCACGCAUUAAACUCUGUGUCUUUGGAGACAGCCUUGCCGGGAAAACCAGUCUUGUUUACGGUCUGAUGUACGGAAAACCCCCAAGAGCAGCCUCUCAAACCAGCCGCACGAGGGUGACCAAGAUCAACACGUGGGACACGAAAAUGGGCUUGGAGUUCGAGGUCUACGACUUCGGCGGCAACCAGCUCUACAACCUGAUGUACCAACACUUCCUGACAGACGGCGCUGUCAACAUCGUCACCGUCAACAUGCAGUCCUACAACCCCUCGCGGUUCUACAACGCCGUCGGGUACUGGCUGGACCUGCUGAACGCGCGCUCGCCGGGAAGCACGGUGCUCUUGAUCGGUACACACGCGGACAAGUGCAAGCCCGAGAAGCUACGGGACAGGUGCGAGGACGUGCAGGCUCAGGUCGAAGUCUUACAGCGACGGCAGCUUCAAGAAGCCCAAGCCCAAGAAGAGAGGGUAGACAUCCUCGUGGAAAAGACUGGGAAGCAAUCCAAGCCUGGCAUCAAGGUGAAGGACAUACUCCCGGAAUGGGUACGAGAAAGAAGAGACAAAGCUAAAGCACUGCUGGAGAACAGGUUAGAAAUUUUCCCCAAACUCAUGCCCGUUGGUCUGGGUAAAAACAUCCAGGGAAUCACAGAACUAAAGAACGAGCUGAUGUCUAAAGUGUCUAGCAUAGACAAGUUCCCAGUCAUGAAGCGGCUAGUCCCACAAACGUGGAGCGACUUACAGAAGGUGCUACAAGACGAACGUCGGAAACCUCGCCUGUGGCUGACAUGGCGGGAAUGUGUGAGGCUAGGCCAGAGGGUAGGGCUGAACAUAGAGAAGCUAAGGCUCGCGCUAGACCACCUACAACUGACCGGCACGCUCUUACGAUUCCCGCAUGUCCCGAGCCUGUCAGACUAUGUUUUCCACCACCCAGGCAAGCUUGCAGGGGUUAUAAGAGAAGCCCUAACCCCCAACAUGGAAAGCGUCCUCAAAGAAGGCAAGAUCCGCUUUCCAGACGUUAGAUGGAACGACUUAACAGAUGCAAUAAGUGUGUUCAGGGACAUGAACUUAUUGUCAAGUAAACUGUUAGAGGGACUGCUAAAACCCUGUUCGUCAGAGAUACAUGACGAGAAAGCGUUGGUGUCACUCCUAGAGGCGUGUGAGUUAUGUUUUAGUGUAAAAGACGACAGCGUCCAAGAGGUCCUGUUUGCAAGUUGUCACUAUUUCCCUGGCUACCAGCAAGCCUCUCAACCAGCCGAUCUCAUCGACAUUUGGUCAGAGGAUCUCCCAAAUCACCGGGAACAGUUACAGUUAGGGUGUCAGAUACGCGGGUUCUGUCCACCGGGCUUGCUUGAGCGUUGGUCUGCAAGGAUAAACCGUUUGGUACAGGAGAGAAGAGACUGGAAAGACGGGAUGGUCGCGUACAGAGGCGGGGUGCCCUUACUCGUAGAGCGCGUACAGGACGGGGCGAACGUUGAAGUGAUCCUAUCGACGCGCGGACAGAUCAAAGAAGCUUUCCGGAUGUGGAACGCGACUUUGCCGCUGCUAACACACCUAUUAGAACUGUUAGGCGAGUGGCCAGGGGCACUGUUCUCUACGUACGUCACAUGCGCCCACUGCGUCAAGCAGAAACUGGAGAAUCCGUACAGGUACCCGGAGGAGAACCUGCACCAGCCGUACGUGGUGGGUAUGACCAGCGUUAGGUGCCCCAGGUCUAUGUACAAGGACUCCGUAUCCGCGAUGCUGGUCCAUCCACAGUUAUAGCAAAACAGAAGGAAAACUGCUUUCCCGAGUAGAACCUCGCACACGAAUACACGGGCUACUUUGAGGAGGCUCUAGACUAUAGCUAAGGGCACAACCCGCCGUACGUACAUUUGUUCGUACGUUUGUUGGGAGGCCACGUAUUUAUGAAAACGUCCAGGCUGUAAAGGGCAGGUGCGUCGCCCGUACUGGCACGGAGAGGGUACUUAUCACUUACGGAUCCCAAAAGAUUGCCCACGUUUUGGCACGUACGGCGGGUUAUGCCCUUAGCUUAACCAACAUGUCAGCCAACAUUGGGCCUACCAACAAUCAGAGAACCGCCUAUAUGUUUUAUCUAGAAGCCGAUUCCCUGAUUGCUUUACAUCUGAUUAUUCAUUCAUUCUUUCGUUCGGCUGAAAAUACAGGCAGUCAAAGUCGCCCAACUAGGAGAGGCUAUUAAUUACAAAGGGCUGACUUGCUUAGAGAGCAGAACCACAAGGCGGAAACCUAAGCCAUGUUUAGCAGAGCCCUCCCAAUGUAGGCCGUAUAUUGCGAGUACAUCAUGUGAGUACAAAAUCAGCAUUAAAGAGACCCUAUAAAGCUGAGAAACAUAACAGAAGAUCAAAACAACGAAAAUUUAUAAAAAAAAAAGAAUACUAAUCACCCUGCAAUCAAACAAAACAAAACAAAGAAUGAGUUACAGUAGAACUUAUGGAAACAGCAUUCUCAAAGUGAAAUGAAUAAAGAUAUUAAACUUGAUAUUGUGCCA